AUGGCGGAUUCUGAACUACCCACCCGUCCCAAGCCCGAGGAGACCAACCCGGCCGCCGCGCCCGCGGACGGAGAGUCGAAGAGUGCCAGCAAGAAUGCGCUGAAGAAGGCGGCCAAGGAGAAGGCUAAGGCCGAGAAGGCUGCUGCUCGUGCGGCUCAGGAGAAGGCUCAGGCCGCUGCUGCAGAUGCUAACGACACAGCCAAGGGCCUGUAUGGCCAGAUCCCCGAGACCGAGGACGUCAUCUCUGCCACCCGAUUCAGCGAGCUUUCGGAGGAAUUCUAUGAGAAGGAGAUUACCGUUGUUGCGCGUGUUGACAAUGCCCGUGUGCAGAGCGCCAAAUUGGCGUUCCUGAUGCUGCGCCAGCAGGGACAGAAGGUCCAGGCCGUCAUCGCUGCCGCCGAGCCUAUCUCACGCCAAAUGAUCAAGUAUACUGGUGGAUUGAACGUCAACUCUAUUGUUCAAGUUACCGGUAUUGUGAAGAAGCCCGAGAUUCCGAUCUCGUCCGCGACAAUCAGCCACCUGGAGCUGCACAUCCGCAAGGUGUAUAUGAUCUCAGAGGCCGCUCAGAUGCUGCCCAUGCAGGUCAAGGAUGCUGAGCGCCCGCCUCCCACCGAGGCUGAGGAGGGUCAGGUUGAUGCUGAGGGCGCUCCCAUCGUCACUCUCAAGACUCGCCUUGACAACCGGGUUCUGGACCUACAGACCGAGACCAGCCAGGCUAUCACCUGGAUUUCUAGCGGUGUUGCCCAAUUGUUCUCUGAGUACAUGAUCAAGAGCGGUUCCCGAUGGAUCUUCACCCCUAAGCUAGUUGGUGCCGCCACUGAGGGUGGUAGCAAUGUCUUCGAAGUCAAGUACUUCAAGCGCAAUGCCUACCUGGCUCAAAGCCCUCAGCUGUACAAGCAGAUGUGUAUUGCUGGUGAUAUGGAGAACGUGUUCGAAAUCGCGCCUGUUUUCCGUGCGGAGGACAGCAACACCCACCGCCAUUUGACCGAGUUCGCCGGUCUCGAUUUCGAGAAGACUUUCCAGAACCACUACCACGAAGUCCUCGAUUUCGCUGAGGACCUGCUCGUCUUCAUUCUCAGUCAGCUUAAGGAGCGCUAUGCCGCCCAGAUCGCCAUUAUCCAGAAGUCCUACCCCAAGGCCGGAGACUUCAAGCUGCCCAAGGACGGCAAAGCUUUGCGUCUAAACUACAUGGACGGUGUCGCGCUGCUGAAGGAGGCUGGUGUUGACAUGUCGGAGCAGGAGCGCUUCGAGAACGACUUCACCACUGCCAUGGAGAAGCAGCUGGGCCAAAUCAUCCGUGAAAAGUAUGACACUGACUUCUACGUGCUGGACAAGUUCCCUAUGGCGGUGCGUCCCUUCUACACCAAGGCCGACCCCAAGGACAGCCGAUUCUCCAACUCCUACGACUUCUUCAUGCGUGGUGAGGAGAUCAUGUCUGGUGCUCAGCGUAUCAACGACCUUAAGGAGCUGGAGGAAUCGAUGCGCUCCAAGGGUCUGGAUCCCACCCAGGAGGGCUUUGAGGACUAUCUGAAUGCCUUCCGUCAGGGAUGUCCCCCUCACGCUGGUGGUGGCCUGGGUAUGAACCGUAUUGUGAUGUUCUUCUUGGGUCUGCCCAACGUGCGCUUGGCGUCGCUGUUCCCGCGUGACCCCCAGCGCCUGCGGCCAUGA